AUGGAGAUGAUGGAGAUGAUGGAGAUGAUGGAGAUGAUGGAGAUGAUGGAGCUGAUGAUGGAGAUGAUGGAGAUGAUGGAGAUGAUGGAGAUGAUGGAGCUGAUGAUGGAGAUGAUGGAGAUGAUGAUGAUGGAGAUGAUGGAGAUGAUGGAGAUGAUGGAGAUGAUGGAGAUGAUGGAGAUGAUGGAGAUGAUGGAGAUGAUGGAGAUGAUGGAGAUGAUGGAGCUGAUGGAGAUGAUGGAGAUGAUGGAGAUGAUGGAGAUGAUGGAGAUGAUGGAGAUGAUGGAGAUGAUGGAGAUGAUGGAGAUGAUGGAGAUGAUGGAGAUGAUGGAGAUGAUGGAGAUGAUGGAGAUGAUGGAGAUGAUGGAGAUGAUGGAGAUGAUGGAGAUGAUGGAGAUGAUGGAGAUGAUGGAGAUGAUGGAGAUGAUGGAGAUGAUGAUGAUAAUGAUGGAGAUGAUGGAGAUGAUGGAGAUGAUGGAGAUGAUGGAGAUGAUGAUGACAAUGAUCCAAGACAUGGUCAACCCCUACACGGCGUACGGGAGCCAGAGCGGGGGAGGGACCGGAUACGGAGGCCCGCAGCCGUCGUUUGCGGCCGAGGAGGGGCCUGGGGCGGCGAUAUGUCGCCUCUGCCUCCAUGCUGGAGGGUCUGGCGAGGAGAUGAUUGCGCCAUGCGCGUGCUCGGGAUCGGUCAAGUGGGUCCAUCGCGAUUGUCUGGAUACGUGGCGGGCGGUUGCGCCGCGGCAGGAGUCGUUCUAUGCCUGUGAUCUCUGUGGCUCCAAGUAUGUGUUUGACGAGGUGAGCAAGAAGCCGUCCAAGAUGCACUUCUAUCUGCUGGUUGCCCGCGACAUUGCUACUGUCUUUCUCAUCGUCAAUGUGUUCAUUGUCCUCGUGGGCCUCGCCAUCCAGGCUGUCUUCCAGCCCAAGGAUGCUAUCAUCAACCGAUUCUCGGCCACCCGGUGGAUGUCGGAGCACUGGAACGACCACUUUGUCGACUUUAUUGUCAUCUACACCUGCGGCGGCCUGUUUGUCUUCUUCGUCCUUGGCUGCAUGGCCAUCACCUACGGCUUCUACCGAAUGCUGGUGUGGUGCACCGGGUGCGACGAGACGUCGGCCGCCCAUCGCGAGCCGCCGCCGCCGUACGAGGCGGCCAAGGCGUACCCAUAUCGCCGGGCGCGGCAGCCGUGCCGGCUCGACGGUUGCUACUACAUCUACUGUGACACGCCGACGUACUACGGCUCUGGCUACCGCUCGGACCCAUACAUCGGCGGGUGCAACUGCUGCCUCGAGUGCUGCGAUGGGUGCACGCGCGGGUGCGAGGUCUCGGGCUCGAGCGACUGCUCCGGCAGCUCGUGCUCGGGCGGAUCCGGCUCUUCCAACAGCAAGGACGGCGAGGCGCUGAUCAUCAUUGCCAUCGUCAUUGUUGCCGUCAUCAUUAUUGUCGGCGUCUUUGUGGGCAUCAUCCUCCUCUCAAUGCUGGUCUCCAAGAUCGUCCAGCGCCGCGUCCGGGUCAUGAACAUGCGCGAGCGGACCAAGGUGUACGUCGUCCGCGACCUCGCCCGCCACCCGCUGCCGCCGCCGGGAUCGACGACGGCUCUCGCGGCGGUCGUCCCGCCGCCGGUCCGCGCUGUCAACGGCUUUGCCGAGGACGAGCUGCUGCUCAAGGCAGCAGCGCCGCCACCGUCGUUUGCGGCUGUCUGA